GUUUUAAAUAAAGUUUAAAAACAAAAAAAUAGAGGGAGGCUGCUGAAAACAUUCUGCAGGAGCAGAUGGACCGAUAAAUAAGGCCACUUAGAAACACUUUAUUUCUACAUAUAUACCGCGUUGUUCUUCACAAGACUUCGGUUUGAAGUAUUCUAAUGCUUUAAAAGAUUUUCACACAGGAAGUUUAUUUCAGCAUCCCAAGUAACAACAACCUCAAGAGGAUCAAUGUCUUUUCUUCGCUGGGUAACUGAGAAACUGAGUGUGGAGAGCCUGCGGGAUCUGGAGUUAUUUGGAGAGCAAGCUCAGGGACUCUCACACAGGAAAGCCCAUGAGGACAGUCAGGAGAGUCUGACCUCCCUGCCCUGUCGGGACACCAUGGGCUUGUACCUCCCAGACAGCAGCUCAUAUGAGCUGCUCAUUGUUCUUGGUAAGGGCUUGGAUGACCUGAUGAUUGUAAAUCUGGCUCAAUACAAACCCACUGGAGAGCACGUGGCCAUCCGUCGAAUCGACUUGGAGUCGUGCACAAAUGAAAUGGUUACCUAUCUGCAGGGUGAAUUACAUGUGUCAAAGUUGUUUCAUCACCCCAGUAUUCUACCAUACAAGAGCGUCUUUAUCGCAGAAAAUGAGCUUUGGGUCAUCACACCAUUCAUGGCUUAUGGUUCAGCUAGAGAUCUCAUCUGCACACAUUUUUCAGAUGGUAUGAGUGAACUGACCAUUGCAUACAUUUUGCUAGGUAUGCUUAAAGCACUUGAAUACAUCCAUCACAUGGGAUAUGUACACAGGAGUGUGAAGGCCAGCCAUGUCUUGAUAUCUGCAGAUGGACAGGUCUGCAUGUCUGGUCUACGGAGUAUUUUCAGCCUCAUUCGUAAUGGCCAAAGGGCAAAAAUGGUUCACGACUUCCCUCAGUACAGCGUGAAGGUGCUGCCAUGGCUUAGCCCUGAAGUGCUACAGCAGAAUCUGCAGGGUUAUGACUUUCGAUCAGAUAUCUAUAGCCUUGGCAUCACGGCCUGUGAAUUAGCCAAUGGACAUGUGCCCUUCAAAGACAUGCCAGCUACACAGAUGCUCCUGGAGAAACUGAAUGGAACAGUUCCCUGUUUGCUGGAUACCACCACUAUUCCCCCAGAGGAGCUGUCCCUCAAGCCAUCCCGCUCUGCUUGCGAUUCUGGCAUCUGCGAGGGACCAAGAGCAGGAGGGCUCCGGCACUCAAACGGAGAACCUUCCUCAUCAUCAGGAGGACAUCCAUAUAACAGAACAUUUUCCCUGCAGUUUCACAACUUUGUUGAGCUGUGUCUACAGCGAGAUCCAGAAAAUAGACCAUCUGCUACCACUCUGAUUGGCCAUCCUUUCUUCAAACAGAUCAAACGUCGACCCUCAGAAGCGCUGCCUGAGCUGCUGCAGCCGGUGUCGCCCAUCUCUUGCUUUGAGAGCUCCAGGCCACAGGACUCCGUUUCUGGACUGGCAAGUCUAGAGUCUGGUCUCGGCCAUCUGGAAGUGGACGACUGGGACUUCUGACAGUAAAGGACUCCAAGCGGAACACGAGCAAAGGAUUGUAUUGAGAAACUCUCCACUGAGGAUGGGAUUUAUUCUGUAAUUAGCCCCUUUUUAAACGAUUGACUUAAUUUAAAAGACUUUGCUAUUCACUGACAGAAAGUUAAAGCCAACGGUCAUCUUGACUCUUUGACGUCUUGCCCAUGCUUUCGUUUCUAGAUAUGCACAAACUGAUGCAUUGCACUGAUGGCCUCUUGUAGACACAAACCUGUUGACGAACUGUACACUACAAGUAUCCUCAUGCUAAAAACACAAUAGGGACAUGUCCCUCAUGUCAUUUGUGAAGUUACCUUAUGGAUUUAGAUGGCAGGACACGGAUUGAUCUGAAGAUGCUAAAAAUUUGAGGAACACUUCUUUUGCAUUAAUAUGGUAACUUGAUCUGUUCACAGAUCCACCAUAAGGCGGCACAGCAGUUUUUACAGAUAACUGUUACCACUCUCUCAGCUGGAAGUGCUCUUGGUUAAUCAACUGAACAAACAGAAUGUAAAGAUGUUCAUUCACCUGCUUUAUGUUCCAAACUUCUUAUGCUUCAGGCUGGUCUUUUGUUGCACGUUUAAAACUUAGAACACAUCCAUGUAUGAGUCAUCUGGGUCUUACACAUGUGAAAAGUGAAUGUUUUGCUUGUGCUUGUUUUGUCUGCAUGUAAAUUUGAACGUAAGGAGAAAGCAACAUGUUUCAAAAAUAAAAAACCCAAACAACAAA